UGCUGCUCUUUGCGUGUGGCGGUCGCUUGCGUGUUGCGUCGUCUCCGUUCUGUGCGCGAGGAUGAGGGAAGCGGCGGUGGCGGCCGGCGGUCCCGGCGCCGCCCCCGUGCCUGGCUUCCUGGCGAAGCUCUGGGCCCUGGUAGCGGACCCGGGCACCGAUGAUGUGAUCGCCUGGGGCCGGGGUGGCCAGAGCUUUUGCAUUCUGAAUGAGCAGAGGUUUGCUAAAGAGCUACUUCCCAAAUACUUCAAACACAACAAUAUUUGCAGCUUCAUACGUCAGCUCAAUAUGUAUGGGUUCAGGAAAGUGAUUGCCUUGGAGAAUGGUAUGAUUACAGCAGAGAAGAGUGCAGCCAUUGAAUUCCAGCACCCUUUCUUUAAACAAGGGAAAGCAAACCUACUGGAAAACAUCAAACGAAAGGUCUCUGCAGUGAGAGCGGAGGAUCUCAGAGUCUGUUCGGAAGAUUUACACAAAGUGCUUUCUGAAGUCCAGGAAAUGAGGGAGCAACAGAACAACAUGGAUGUCAGACUGGCUAGUAUGAGAAGUCUCUCUGUUCCUGCAGAUCCAUUCCUCUGGACACUGGGUUAUCCCGUUCUGACCUCUGACAAGCAAGCAGCACCAACCAAAGCUCAGGAAAAUAAAGCCCUGUGGAAAGAAGUGGCUGUUCUAAGGCAGAAGCACAGCCAACAACAGAAGUUGCUGUCUAAGAUCCUUCAAUUUAUACUAAGUUUGAUGAAAGGAAACUACAUUGUGGGAGUCAAGAGAAAAAGAUCUCUACCAGAUGCCUCUGGUGCCUCACCUUCCAAAUUCAGCCGGCAGUAUAUUCACCUUCCUGUGGAGCAUGGCAAUGCGGUGGCUAUUUCUGAACAUGAUCCAAACAGUGAAAAUGAAACAGGCAUCAUUAUUCAAGAUAUCACCAACACUGUGGAUGAUGCCACUGAUGGGCUGCUCGCUCUAGUGCAUACAAGCGGAAGUGAUGGAGAGCCCCAGACUGCUCAAGAACAGGAUCUGCCUGUCUGCGAAGUAUCACAGCCCAUUGAGUUAAGUCAUACAGAACCAGAAUGUCCAGCCCAAGUUGCUGACAAUUCCCUCGAGUCCAGUGCAGUAGGAAAUGAUGCUGUAGAGCUGCAUUCUGCACAAGUUAAUGUUCCCGAAGAUCCUGCAUCAGUGAUUGAUUCCAUCUUGAAUGAGAGCAGCUCCACUACUCAAAGCGAUGCUUUUCUGGAGAGGGAAGAGAUUCAGGAUUUUCUGAACUGUAUUGAUGCCAGUCUUGAGGAGCUCCAGGCGAUGCUGUCUGGGAAGAAAUUUAACUUUGGCUCUGAAUCCUUUAGUGAUACUUUCAAUCCUGAGCUACCAGCCCUGGACACGAACUUGACAGAUGCUUCAUCCAGUAUGGAAAAUAUUGAGGACAUGACGGACAGCGUUGAAGAGCUAGGAACAAGUGAGCAGGAAACAGGAAGCAAAGACAUGCAGCUGAUACAAUACAGGGGCAACCCUCUGCUUUCGUUAUUCGAAGAACUGCCUUCUGUUGAAGGUGCAGGGAAGACAGAGGAUCCCAAAGAUCUUCUCCUGUCCUCACUGGAGGAGAAACCUGCUAUCUCUCUUCCCUCAAGUAGCGAAGCAGCUUCACCAUUGGCAGCUCCAGCAAACAAGGCUGAAUCCCUCGAUACCUUGGAACUGUAUGAUCAGCCUUUACUUUCAGAAGACGGAAAUGGAGAAUAUAAAUUAUUUCCCCUCCUGCUUCUCAGUCCUGUUGCUAACUUUAUAGAAGAGGCCUCAGAGAUAGAAACUGCUUGAGAAUUUGCACAAAAUCUUCAUAUGGUCAGCUUCCUGGUGUAAAAUAUAGAGAUGAUACAAGGCUCAGUUAGAAGCAUCUCUUCCAUUCCCCUCACCUCCCCCGGGCCUAAUAUGCAAAGAUAAUGAAAGGUCUCUUAAAAAUGCAAGAGCAGUUCAAGCAAGAAGCUGAAAGCAGUGUCAAAACAAGAACUGCACAGCACUGAACGCAUUUGGAAGAGGAGCAAAUGUCACCAAUAUAUUGCACUGUAAUAUGUAAAAAAAAUUUAUAUUGUUGCAAAAGGAAAUCUGUAUCCUAUUGUAAAGUUGGGCUGUAUUUUUUUUUAGCUGUCCUGUCACAUCCUAUUCAAUAUUGCAACAUGGGAUUUACUUGUUCUGAGAGCCUCUUUCAUUAGGUGGCUUGUCUCUUGUUAGAACUAGAUUUUUUUUUAAACAUUUGAAAAGACGGAAUAUAUUUUAUUUGUCUGCUGCUAAGAUUGUUUGCAUCUGCCUGUCACUAUUUUCUAAUCUUAGAUUUGCCCCUAGGUAUUAAUAUAGGCAAAAUUAUUUUCUCAUGGAAAACAGUAUUUUUAACAUGGAGGUACUACUUUUUAAUAAGCUAACAACCAUCCCUUGACCAGAGUUCUUAAGUGUUCUGUUAGUUAACUGAUUUCUUGUGCACAAUGCAUAGCAGCUCCUCUGGCGUAAUUUGGACAUAUCAUACGCAUGGGUCACUUGUCCUCAGUAGUUGGCGAUCACAGAAGUCCAGAAACUGACCUUGCCUGAGCAAAGAGCACAGUUUGACAUUUUCCUGCACCUGUUGUUACAGAGCUUGAGCUCUGCCUUGGCUCACUUGGGGCAAAACUGAAAGAUCCACAUGGUGAUUUUUCAUUAACUUAAAACAAUUCCUGUACACUGCUCUCUUUCACCCAUGACAUCUCCCUGUUCAUGCAACUGCACUCAUACACUGGGCCUGAUUCUGCCCUCAGCUAUAUCUGAGGCAUGGUGUGCUGGGAAAUUUGCACAUCUUUGGCAGAAUUUUGUCCUUAGCCGAUGUCCUCUAUUCCCAAAUCUCUUCCUAAGGGUUCUAAUUGCAAGACUAUAUUUUUCUCCUGUAAAAAUGUGUUCAGCAACUUUAAACCCAUUCCCAUGUUGGCUAUUAAAAAAAAAAAAAGGGUGGUGUCAAAAAUAUUUUUCCCCUGAGCACUGAAACAACCCUCCUGUAAUCCUGCUGGCCACUGCCUGUGAUCAGCUGUGAUGUAGAGAGCCACCUUCAGCCACUGGUAUAACCUGAUGCUUCUCCAUUGAUAUCAAACGUGUAACCCGCUUGUGCUCAGGCUGAUGUGGCUCAUAGUCUUUAAACAGACAAUAUCCUGAACCAGCAAAACAGCUGGGAGCUAACUGGAGACAAUUAAUUCGAUAAUGUGAUGCAGUUCCAUUAGAAAAAAAUGGCAGUUACUGUGAAAUAACUUUACUUUGUGUUAAGUUUGUAAUUAACUUGCAUUCCCAACACUCUCUAAAAUAUCCUGAAUCAUAAAAGUGCCUGAUCAAGAA